AUGGCACACGACAUCCUAAGGGAGGCCUCCUGGCUCGGUGCCAUAGGAGCAAAAGUAACCCGAUGGAUCGCCGAUCCCAACGAACCUGGCUGUCCCAUCCCAAGAAACACACUAGCUUUCGAAGAGAUUGAAGGAAACACCACCAAAUUCGAGCGAACCACAAACAUCGACAUCAACCUCGCCGGACACACUCUCCUCUUACCACCAGGUGUAGCCGCUCCCCCAGGUACAGGAAGAGAAGGAUACGUGUACUACUCAAUGCGAUUCGGCAGAGACCAAUGGAGCGGAUUCUUUGCACCCGGUAUCCUUGUUAUCCAAAGCAUGCGCCGAAUCAUACCUGGCACUCCACGUCCCUCCGAAAUUGCCUUGACUCUUUACGCGAAGGAGCACGGCCGACUUGAUAACCUGCGAUACGUUUUUGCCACGACUAUCAUCAAUGGACAGACAAAACACUUUAUUUCGCAUGAUCUUUAUUCGUCUUGGCCGGGUACUGGGGACCCGCAGUGCUGGGAGUAUGGGUCGAAGGAGUAUGAAGAGAUUAUGGGGACUCGGAUCGGACGGACGGUGGCUUAUCUUGUGUUGGGUGGCUUUGAACGGGGGACGCGCCGCAUUGUGCGGAUUAUUACUUACAAUAAGGCUGAUGAGUUGGAUAUUCGUUUCGAUAUUCGGCCAAUUACCAAGCCCAAGUGA